CUUCGAGAAAAUGGCGAACAAGGUUUUUGCUCGUAGAUAUUAUAGUGCUGGAUGUCUUCCUGCUACGUACAUGGAAAAAGAAUUUUGGCAUGAAAUAGCAUUUGGAAAGACUGAAAGUGUUGAAUAUGCAUGUGAUGUUGAUGGUAGUGCAUUUUCAUCUUCUCCCAGUGAUCAGCUUGGAAAAAGCAAAUGGAAUCUUAAGGGAGUUACUGAACCCAUGCUUUACAUUGGAAUGCUUUUUAGUAUGUUUGCUUGGCACGUGGAAGAUCAUUACUUGUAUAGUAUUAAUUAUCAUCAUUGCGGAGCUGCAAAAACAUGGUAUGGUGUUCCUGGUCAUGCUGCCCUUGAUUUUGAAAAGGUUGUCCGGGAGCAUGUUUAUACCCAUGAUAUUCUAUCAACUGAUGGGGAGGAUGGAGCUUUUGAUGUGUUGCUGGGGAAAACAACAUUGUUUCCUCCAAACAUUUUGUUAGAACAUGGUGUUUCAGUCUACAAGGCUGUGCAAAAUCCCGGGGAAUUUGUAAUAACUUUCCCUAGAGCAUAUCAUGCUGGUUUUAGUCAUGGUUUUAAUUGUGGUGAAGCUGUGAACUUUGCAGUUGGUGAUUGGUUUCCUAUGGGUUCAGUGGCUAGCCGUCGUUACGCACUUCUUAAUAGGAUUCCCCUCCUUCCUCAUGAGGAACUUCUCUGCAAGGAAGCAAUGCUUCUUCAUAGGAAUUUGGCACUUGAAGAUCCUGAUUCUUCAUCUGCAAACUUAAUUUGUAACCGUAGCAUUAAAGUUUCUUUUGUAAAUUUGAUGCGAUUCCAGCACCUGGCUCGGUGGUGUCUAAUGAAAUCAAGAGCAUGCUUGGGUGUUUCUCAAAAUGCCAAGGGGACAGUUCUAUGCAGCCUAUGCAAGCGUGACUGUUAUGCAGCAUACCUAAACUGCCAUUGCUGCUUGCAUCCUGUAUGCUUUCGCCAUGAGAUUAAGUCACUUGAUUUGCCUUGUGGAGGCAAAUGUACUCUCUUCGUAACGGAAGAUAUAUCUGAUAUGGAAGCUGCAGCCAAGAAGUUUGAGCAGAAUGAGGAUGUAUUACAUGAGGUUCAACAGCAUUGCAGAAGUGGUGCUGACAUGUUUCUGCUGUUAAAUAUGUUCCCAAGAGCUGCAGAGGAUGGAUACACUCCUUAUUGCAAGAUAAAUUCUGUUCUGAACCAGGAACUUGCCAAUAAUAAGGAUACGUUACAACAAACUCAGUGUACUUCUCUCAACCAGUCUCCUUUGAGCAAUGAUACACAGAAUUUUGGGACUGAAGUUUCAGAUGCUUCCCUUUCCUGCACUUCUUCAUCAAUUCUUUCUUCUAUUGAGCCAGCUCAAAGCUCUUCCAUGGCCAAUAAUAUACAGGAGCAUAUUAGCUAUACUUCAGGGGAUUUUGUAGCUCCUAACUCUACUAAAGAAGCACCUUUCCGCAUUAAUGACCCUUCACUAUUCUCCCAGAGGGAUGAUUGUUUGGGUGCCCGCAAAGCUAAUAUUCAUGAAGCAGAGGUUAGGCCUUUUGUGGAUCAAGAUAGUGAUGAAUCUGAUUCAGAGAUCUUCAGGGUUAAACGUCGUUCUUCUGCAAAAAUCGAACAGAGAAAUGCAAAUAAUGCAAUGACUUCAAGUUAUGCACAUCAGGGGCUUAAGCGACUAAAGAAACUACAACCUGAAGGAAGGUGUGGCCAACUAUCGCCAUCAGAGUGUUCUGCAGCUGGCAAUCAUAGUGGUAAUUACAGUUCAACUCAUUCUAAAGAAGCUACAUACAGUGCUUUAAAGGACAAGUUUGCUAGAGGAACCACCAUUCCCAUCUCUGCUAAGUUUAAGAAACUUCCCAAUGUGGAAACAGUGAACAAGUAUAGAGAACGGCAUAGAGAUGAUAGAUUUCAGCAUGAGUUGGGAAAAACAAUGCGGAAACCACCCCCCUGUAGAGAUUGGACCAAAGCGCCUUAAAGUUAGAGGCCAUUCAAUUCUGGGGUUGGAGAGCAGAUUGGAUUGAAUUGAUCACCAGAAGCUGAUUAGAAUUCUGGUUGGCCUGCCUCAUGAACAUGUCCUCGUUCGCUAACUUCAUUUUACUUUAUAGGGGUUCUAACAACACGAAAGCUAAUACAUUCAAUUCUGGGAGCAGCGGGCAAGAUUAACCAAGUUUAGAUGAAAGAAAAUUCAUAUUCUUUGUGCGUGCCACAAAAUUGGGGCAAUUUGCACGGUGCUGAUUCUUAUGGUUCUCUCAGGCCUGAGGUAUUUUUCCCUCUCUGGCGGGAGAAUCUCUCUUUCCUUCCCACUAGCAGAAAGUAGAUUUUGGAUUAGUGUACAUUUGUUCUUUAACUGUUGAUCAAUUUUUGUGGGCAAGUGGGUAUUUCCACUGAGCCUCAUUUAAUGUCAAGUCUCCGCUGCUUCCUCUCCAUGGUUCAUUAUUCUUUUUGUGGCACUGGG